AUGAGCUUAGGCGGGUCACCGGUGAGCGCCUCGACUCCGGUGGCACAUACACUAGAGAGUAUCAGUGCACUUUUGGACCAGAAGCUUUUACUUCAAUCUAUGGUAAUGAUAGGCCUCCGUAAGGCUUUGAACGAUGACAUGCGUUCUAUGAUAGCGGCCGAGCUUAAUACUAUGGUUCGACGUAUUGAAGAGGACUUCGCUAAAACUAUUGACUUUAUUAUUGACGAACAAAAAGACUUAAAACAGAAAAUAAUUGAUAGAGAUUCUGCCGUUCAAUCUUUACAAUCAGAUCAGUUGCGUCUACAAAAUGAAAUUAAUAAUCUUAGUACCCGUUUGAGUACUGUUAAGAAAAUAUCAGGUGAUCAUAAUAUUGAAAUUCAGCUAGCUCCUGAACGUCACACUAAAAAUGUAAUAAAUAUCGUCAAAAGUAUCUACAGCGCUAUAAAUAGACACAAAAGCAUGCCAGAGAGUUGCAAAAAUUAA